ACUCAGUAGCUGGAACAAGGAUAAGCGAGUUAGCCGAUGCAGGAAGUAACACGGCAGGGGCUCCAGUAUUAAGCGGAGGUUUCAGGAACAAUACAGGCUCAGGAACCGAAGGAGUCAGUGAAAGACAUCACCAAGACGAAGGAAUGAGAAGUAGAGGACUUGAUGAAGGAGUGAUUUCCUCCCUGAUUAAAUCCCGUAAUCCUCCAACGCAAAGAGCAUACUAA